GUACUCGGUUCUUGAUAUUUUGAAUAUUCGAGAAAUAUAUUCAAUUGGGUUUUGUGAAAAAAUAAAUUUGGAGUAAUCCCAUGUUAAAACUGUUCCCUUUUUGAGUUAUUCUUUCGACGAGAGUAAGGAGCAAGUAAUUAGUGAUCUUUUUUUUAGGUCUUCUGGAUAAAUAAAUUUGGGAAAAUCCUAUGCUAAAGCUGUUUCCUUUUUGAGGGAUUCUCUUGAGAAAAGUAAGAAAGAAGUAAUUAGUAUUUUUUUUUAGUUUACCGGAAAAAAAAAGUAAUUAGUAUUUUUCGAUUUUUUUCUUCUUCUGGGAGGUAAUCCGCACGUGCGUCAAACCUAUCAUCGUUUUCUUGUCCUUGCUCCAUUUUAAUUAUUUACUUCUUUGCUUCUAUCUUUCUACUCCAUUUUAAAAAGGGUUCUUGCUUUGCCUGAGAUAUAGAAGAAUGUUUAGUUAAAAGUGCGAUUGAUUCUUUAUCUUUGCCUUUGCACUGGAUUUUAUGGAAGUUCAUGGUAGUACUCGCUUCUUGUUACUCCUUCCAGAACGCCAUACAUAUUUGUCUUUUUUGUUAAACCACCAUGAGCAAUCUGAAGUUGGGGGUGGAGGUUGUUAGUGCCCACAACCUUAUGCCCAAAGACGGCCAGGGCUCAUCUAGUUCCUUUGUGGAGCUUCACUUUGAUGGUCAGAAAUUCCGUACCACUGUCAAAGAAAAAGAUCUUGACCCCGUUUGGAACGAAACUUUCUAUUUCAAUAUCUCUGAUCCAAACAACUUGUCGAACCUCACUCUUGAUGCCCAUGUCUACAACAAUCUAAAAGAAACCCGAUCCAAAUCAUCCCUUGGUAAGGUUACGAUCACUGGUACAUCUUUUGUACCCUACUCUGAUGCUGUUGUUUUGCAUUACCCUUUAGAAAAACGAGGCAUUUUUUCACGUGUCAGAGGUGAGCUUGGCUUGAAAGUUUUUAUCACCGAUGAUCCUUCCAUCAGAUCCUCAAAUCCACUUCCUAUGAUGGAAUCUUCUGAUUCCUACUCCACCCAAGCUCAGACACUUCCGAAUUUCUUCUCAAACCCAUUUUCUAACAAAAAAGAAGAGUCUAGACACACGUUUCGUCAUCUUCCAAAAACAGGCCUUCCACAACAACAACAACAACAACAACAGCUUCAGUCAUCUGAUUCGGUGAUGCGGGAACCAGUUAAUUAUGGGGUUGAUGAGAUGAGAGCUAGACCACAAGCUCCUAUGCGCAUGUACUCUGGCACAUCAUCCCAACCACCUGAAUAUGCAGUUAAAGAGACGAGCCCUUUCCUCGGUGGGGGCCGUGUUGUGGGAGGACGAGUUAUGCGUGCUGACAAACCUGCCAGCACAUAUGAUCUUGUUGAACAAAUGCAUUUCCUCUUUGUGCGAGUUGUCAAAGCUCGCGAACUCCCUACUAUGGAUGCUACUGGGAGCCUUGAUCCCUAUGUUGAAGUCAGAGUUGGGAACUACAAAGGAGUCACAAAGCAUUUUCAGAAAACCAAGAACCCAGAGUGGAACGCUGUAUUUGCCUUUUCCAAAGAGAGAAUGCAGACGUCAGUGUUGGAAGUCGUGGUCAAGGAUAAGGAUCUGAUAAAAGAUGACUUUGUUGGGUUUGUCCGAUUUGAUGUUAAUGAGAUCCCAACUCGAGUCCCUCCGGAUAGUCCAUUGGCUCCAGAAUGGUAUAAGCUUGAAGACAAUAAAGGGGAGAGAAGGCAUGGGGAACUAAUGCUUGCUGUCUGGAUUGGCACACAAGCUGAUGAGGCUUACCCUGAUGCUUGGCAUUCGGAUACAGCCUCUCCCAUUGACAGCUUAGUGGGGUCCACACAUAUCCGUUCAAAAGUCUACCAUUCCCCAAGGCUGUGGUAUGUGCGCGUUAAUGUAAUUGAGGUACAAGACUUGAUUUUAGCUGACAGGACUCGUUUCCCAGAUGUAUAUGUCAAGGCAGUGAUAGGUAACCAGGCUUUGAAGACAAAACCGGUUCAAUCUCGGACAAGAAGUGCUCUCUGGAAUGAGGAUCUCAUGUUUGUUGCUGCUGAGCCUUUUGACGAUCAUUUAGUUCUUACAGUUGAAGACCGGAUGGGACCCAACAAAGAUGAGAGCCUUGGGUCGGUUAGUAUACCGUUGAACUCAGUCGAGAGGCGUGCUGAUAAUCGGCUUGUUCAUUCCCGGUGGUACAACCUCCAUAAGCAUAUGUUUAGUUCAGAGGAUUAUGUUGAACCGUCAAAGAAAGAAAAUAAUAAGUUCUCUACUAGGCUUCAUCUCCGUGUGUGUCUUGAUGGGGGUUACCAUGUCCUUGAUGAGUCCACCCAGUACAGCAGUGAUCUCCGUCCCACAGCGAAGCAGCUUUGGAAGCCAUCAAUUGGUAUAUUGGAACUCGGCAUUUUAAAAGCUGAUGCACUCCACCCUAUGAAAACAAGAGAUGGAAAGGGUACCUCGGAUACCUAUUGCGUAGCGAAGUAUGGUCUCAAAUGGGUUCGAACCAGAACUAUCAUUGACAGCUUGAACCCGAAAUAUAAUGAGCAAUACACUUGGGAGGUUUAUGACACAGCCACAGUUCUCACCGUCGGUGUUUUCGAUAGCAAUCACAUCACUGAAAUGGGUGUAAAUGGACACAGAGACAUGAAAGUUGGGAAGGUUCGUAUUCGGAUCUCUACACUUGAAACUGGCCGUGUGUACACACAUUCGUACCCAUUGCUGGUCCUUCACCCUUCUGGUGUAAAGAACAUGGGGGAGUUACAUUUGGCAAUUCGGUUUUCGUGCACAUCAGUGAUGAACAUGAUGUAUAUAUAUUCGCGACCCUUGUUGCCAAAGAUGCACUACGUGAGGCCACUGACUAUGCAACAACUGGAAAUUUUACGCCACCAAGCUGUCAAUAUAGUCGCGGUUCGGCUGAGCCGAGCUGAACCCCCUAUUAGGAAGGAAGUUGUUGAGUACAUGACUGAUGCUCAUUCACACCUCUGGAGCAUGAGGCGAAGCAAGGCAAACUUUUACAGGCUAAUGUCGGUUUUCAACGGGUUAUUAGCUGUAGCCAAAUGGUUUGGAGAAGUUUGCAUGUGGAAAAACCCCAUCACAACAGUGCUAGUACAUGUCCUCUUUCUGAUGCUAGUUUGUUUUCCGGAACUCAUUUUGCCCACGGUGUUUCUGUACAUGUUCCUGAUAGGGCUGUGGAACUAUCGGUCCCGGGCAAAAUAUCCUCCCCACAUGAACACAAGAAUCUCCUAUGCGGAUGCUGUGCACCCUGACGAGCUAGACGAGGAAUUCGACACAUUUCCCACGUCGCGAGGUGCAGAUAUGAUUCGUAUGAGGUAUGAUCGGUUAAGGAGUGUAGCGGGAAGGAUUCAGACUGUGGUGGGUGAUGUGGCAACCCAAGGUGAGCGGCUCCAGGCGCUGCUGAGCUGGCGGGAUCCACGUGCUACCACUAUUUUCGUGAUAUUCUGCCUCGUGGCUGCCACUGUGUUGUACGCUACACCUUUCCAGGUACUAGCUGGCGCUACUGGAUUCUAUUUGAUGAGGCAUCCCAGGUUUCGACAUAAGUUGCCAUCGGCCCCGCUGAAUUUCUUCCGACGGCUGCCAGCCAGGACUGAUAGCAUGUUGUAAGUUAGCUUCUGGGGGUUUUCUUGCAAAUUUUGCUUCUCUGCUGAUAUAUCAAAUUCUGUUUUGCUUGCUGUAUUUGCAUGUGUUCAUGCAUCCCUUGUAAUUCUAUGUUGCCUAUAUUAGGGUUAUGAAAGUGCAUAUAUAGAUUUCAUAUACUGGGAAAUUACAAUAUGUUAAAAUGUAUAAUUUGUGUUUAGCGACCCUAA